GUUGGAUAUAAAAGGAUGAACACUGAGCACCCAACAGCCAAGCUAAAGCCAAGUUAAGGAAGAAACUUGCUUUCUUAUUUCUUCUCAAAAUCGAGUCUCAAGAAGCAUGGUUCUCCUUAGAAUCUCCGCUUUCCUUGUGGUUUACGCUGUUUUCACAUGUCAGAUAAACGGCUCCCACGCAGUCCCACUCAGAGCUAUGCUGGAGGCAUCAUCAGACAGGGUGGUGCUCAAUGACUACGAGGUCCAGCGACUACUGAAUGCGCUCGUAAAGGAAUUCGUGCAGCUGAUGGCGGAGGAAAUGGAGCAACAAGUACCUGAGGCCAACAGUGUACCUAUGGAGAAACGAGCCUGCAAAACAGCCACCUGUGCGACUCACCGCCUGGCUGACUUCCUAAGCCGGACGGGGGGCAUCGGAAGCAGUGACUUCAUCCCAACCGAUGUAGGGGCCAAUGCCUUCGGAAGGCGAAGAAGGAAUGCACAGAUGUAGAUUAUUCAGGGAACUGGCAGACAAUAAUAACUGACGAGGCAAAGUUCUUUCACUCCCGAUUAGAUGUCGCUUGGCUCGCUUUCUUCAUCGCCGAAGCUCAGAGAACAACAAAGCUUGAAAAUGUUUACUCAUAUCGUUUUAAUGUUACCAUCUCAACUUUAGUUUUGCUCCAAUCCUUAUCCUGUUAAUCCUUGUUCCUAUUAUAUGGAUUACUUCCUAAAUGUAUCGUGUAGCAAAACGUAAGUUUUACACCACAUCACAUUUUAUAUCCAUCUAUAUUUGAAAUAAAAGUGAUGGUGUGUAUAUUAAGUUAUUUAAUUAUGCUUGGGCACAGUGUGCAAUGUGACUUCCAGCUCUGUGCUAUUAGAACUUGGUCUCGACAGGAUUCUUCAGUAUCUCGGGGAUAUGGUAAAUGUUGCCUCUCAAGGCAUGUAUGUAAUAUACUGUGUGUUGUGCCUUGAUGUAAAACGCUAUAAAUUACAUGAUUGUACAGUAUAUUAAUGACACCAUAAAUAUUGUAUUAAA